AGCUGCUGCGGUGACCCAAGAAAUGCAUACUACAGAGGAAUAUGCAACUUCUUCUCCAGAUGCAACCAAGGCCAUUGAAACAGACUUCUGCCUGUCCACCUCCUGGCAGACACUGCCAGGAGCUCCAGGGAAGAGGGAGAGCUGCUCACAGUUGGAUUCCAAAAGAGUCAGGAUGGAAAUAAGCAGCUGGAAGGCAGUCAAAAAAGCGAGCCCCAAGGGAAGAUCUGAACCAGAAGGUGGAUUAGGGUCUCCUGAGGGUGCGGCGAGGUCGGGUGAGGUGGCAAAGGACGACGGGCAGCUGGCACGCCAUCGCACAGGCUCCAGAAAGGGACUGAGUGAAUAUAAGAGAAACUUCAGAUGGAAAACCCCAGAGUUUUGUAGCCCGUCCCAACAGCAGAAAUCCUUGUGGGCAGGACUUCGGUCGGAUCAGUUUGGAAUCACGAGAGAACCAAACUUCAUUUCCAAGAGAAGGGUACCUUACCAUAAUCCACAGAUUUCAAAGUCCUUUGAAUGGACAGCAGAUUGUGAUUUGAAUGACCCACUUGAAACUGAAGUUCUUAGAACUGCAGAGUUGCACACAGACCACAACAACAAUGAUGUGAAUCAGGAAAAAAUUGAAACGCCAGAAGGACCCAGACUCCCCCGAGAAGUUUGGUCACAUUCAGUAGACUCUAAAGGUGAAACAGCCCUUGCCCUUGCAGAAAACAACAUGAAGAGAUCACCUUCUGCAGCUUCAGCAAAUCAAAAUGAAGCACUUUCAUCUCCAAAAAAGGAAUUAGAAAAAAUGGGUAAUGGGCUUCACAGAGUCCUUCAGAGGAAAGCAGGCAUGAAUAUUUCACGUUUAAAUACUUUUCCCAGAAAUUCUGAAUAUCAAAGCCAAUUUGUUUGGAAGAGUCCUCAUGAAAAGUCACCAAUACUUGCAGCUGAACAGGUUAUUAGCAACACAAGUAAAUCCAUACCUCCAUUUAAAUCUCCUGCAAUUACUUCUGAAACUGCACAUGAGAGAAAUUUCAAAGGGUCUCCUCCCGUUAAGGGUCCACAAGAAAGAGGUGGUUCAGAAGAGAAGGAAUUUCCAGUUUGUGAACAAAGUAAGAGGGAAGAACCAUUUCAAAAGCCAGCAGAAGAUGCAGCAAAACAAGGGAAAUCAGAACAGAAACAUCCUAAACAAAAAAAUAAGCAACAUAUCAGUCCAAAGCCCCUCUCUUUACAUACAAGUCGUGGGAAGAUGAACACUGAAUAUAGGUCAAAAUUUUUGUCGCCAGCCCAGUAUUUCUACAAAGAUGGAGUUUGGUCUCGAAUCAGGAGUAAAGUUCCCAACCAGGCAUCUCAAAACACCUUAAAUUCCAUGUGGUAUAUGGAGGUGAGAGAACUUCGAGAAAGAGCAAAAGCUUACAGGCAACGAGUAGAAGGAACACACUUCUCCCGAUACCAUCUCAAUCAGAUCCUGUCCGAUAAUAACAGUCUUUGGGAUGUGUCCUCAAAUUCCAGUUCAGAAGAAGGCAUCAGCAACAGCAUCAGAGCACUAGAUCUUGCCGGAGUUUCUGAAAAAGAGACUGCACCAAGCCCCAAAAUGCUGCAGCAACCUGACUCCAGAGAACAGCCACACCAGGACAGCACUGAGAAGAAAGACAUGUCAGAUGCUUUAACUGUUCCAGUCAAAAGGCGUUUAGUUUGGGGUGAACAAGAAGGUACUGAAGAAAGGGAGAAUUGGCAAUCAACAGAAGAGGAAAAAACCCAAGAUGAGCACGCUGCAGUUGUGGCUCAGCAAUUAGAAGAAAACAAUAAUGAUGCCAAUGAAGAUAAGAAAAUUGAAGGUGAGAAUGCCUUAGUAUUGAAUUCUUCUGCAGCUGUGUCAAAUUCUUCUUCUGUAUCCUCGAGGAUAGGCGGCAGGCUUCCUACUCCAAAGCUGAGAGCGCUUGGUGGAGCUCAGAGGACUCAUCAUGAUCUCACUACCCCAACUGUUGGAGGUGCGGUUCUAGUGUCUCCUCCUAAAUUCAAGUCUUCGUCUUCACAGCAGAGAACACGAGGUUUAGGAACAGACCCUUCUUCAGCUAAGCAAAGUGUAAGAGAAGCUUCCAAAAGAAGGUCCUUCCAGCCUGAUGUGGAAGUGGAAGCUGUUUCACUCCUUACCUCUCCACCUGCUGGGCUGGGAACUUUGGAUCCUCUGCCACUUAGGCAGGAUCAGUGGCCUCCUAACAGUGUUUCUGAUGAGCAAGUUCCUCUUGCUUCAGCCCAUCAAGAGCAUUCCUCUAUGCCUCCUGUGCUGAAGUCAGCCAAAAGCUGCUCUGUGCCUUGCUGGAGUCCCUCUCGUCGUAUUCAAGGGACUCUCAAGGAUCCAGAAUUCCAGCAUAAUGGGAAUGUUGGCAAUCCCAAAAUGAGAUCUUUCCAGUUACCCCUUCAGGAAAGAAGCUAUAAUGAUGAAGAUGACAGGUUGUCUCAGAUUUCUGCUCGCUCAGCAGCAUCUAGCUCACUUGCAUCUCAGAUACUGGAACGAGCUCAGAAGAGGAAGGAUUUCUGGGGCAAGACAUAAUCUCUCCCAGCUGUUGUAUAGAAACUGUUCUGUAAAAUUAUUUCUUUUUUAUAGUUUGUAGUGUACAUUUUAAAAAAUUGUGAUUGUAGAUAUCAUGCAGCAUCCUUUCACUAAUAGGGCCCAACUUUUAGGACUUGCCAUCCCAAUUUAAAAUUUCAAUAUUUAAACCAGUGUUGAAAGUGUAGGUCCUUUAUAUCUGAGAGUUAUGUCUUAAUUCACUGUGUCACAACAGCCACAUAUUUUGGGGGUUUUUUUGUUUGUUUGUUUGUUUUCAGUGGCACCUCUUGAAACUGAGAUAAUUAUUUUUUUAUGCAACCUGUGUGUUACUUUUCAAGGUAUUUUGCUGCAGUCAUGUGGUAUGACCUGGGACAGUAUUCAGGGGCAACACCAUCAUUCACCAAACAUCUCAGUUGCUUGAUUUUAACCUAUCUUAAAGGCAACUGUGGUAUAUUUGUUUAUGUUACUGUAUGAAUUGUCAGUACAACAUAGUGCUGUAACAAAAAGUUACUUUUACUACUUACUGCUUUUAACCUGUUCCCCAAAAAAUCUUAUUAUUUCUUAAUGAAGCUGACAUGGAACAUACAGGAGUUUGAGACAAGAACACUAAGCGCGAGGGUUUGUUCAUUGUCCACAGUUUUUUGGCCAGGAUGACUAUUAGAGUUCAGUGUGUACAGUACUGCAGUCAUCAGAUGUACUGACAUGAACUUUUGUCUUUUUGUGGGCGAGACCUGUGUUUAGUAUUAACUUCAACUUUUCUAGAAAAAGCAACCUCAGCCACCUUAAACAGUGGCCUUCCACAUCCUCACUUCAAACUCAGGUGUUUAGGAGUAGUUGAUCUCUUAAAGUAAGCUCAGAAGAAUGUUUUUUCUUGACUUUGAUGUUUUAAUUACCUCUCCUCCUAGUUGCCCGUUUCUGGGAGACCAACAUACAUGUUACGAUUGUCACAGUGAAAAAGGUUUGUGAUUUACGCUGACAGCUUGUUUUAUCUUUCCAAGUGAUGCAAAGAAGUUAACAUGAAGUAGAGGAAAUAGGUGGCUAGCAGGCAGUUUGGUUCUUCGUGUGUGGCUUCAAGUUUUAAUACUACUUCAUUUGGAAAUUUUAUACAAGAACAAUUUGAAUUUUGUACACAUUUGCUUACAUUUCUAUUUUGUACACAAUUAUGUAUGCAUAUUACUGAAAAUAAAAGAGGUUGGUUGAUUUCUGUUCAAGUUAUGCCAGAUAAGUUGGUAGAGCCUAUUAUGUUGGCUCUUCUCUGUUUAGUUCUGUGUUUCACUUGUUCAACUGGACUAUCUGUGGACUUGUGAAAGACAAAAUGUUACCUUGGAACUCAGCUUUAGAAAGAAGACGUUACUAAAGCUAGAUAUGUUGAUACUUGGAAUUGUGACCAAGAGCAGAUGGAUGCUAUGGAGGCUGGAAGGCUGCAGUGCCCAAAGGGCCAGUCCUCAACAAAUGAGGUGUUGAUUUAAAGAGUGAGUGCUAUCUAGCACCGACCAUGUUAGAAAACAGUGUCCACUUCUUCCAGAAGUUAUGCAUUGCAGUAGCUUCCUACCAGUGGAGUUGUUUGAAACAAAUCAAGGUAUUUUAUUUUAUCAUGAGGACUUCUGGGAUUAUUCUGUGGCAUGCACUUAAUAUGUAAGUUAUAACUGGUCAGAAAGUUCCUACUGAAAGGGGAACUGUAUUUGUGUCCAACAACCUUUAUGAAAAUUGCCAGUUUUCCUCUAAAAUGAUAGUUUUAUAGUGGAAAACUUAAUGGCUUAAAAAAUGGAAAUAUUUUUGUUUAGGAAGGAGUGUUGCCACAGUGUAUUGCAGGUGGGUUAAUUUGUGUGUCUUCUGUCUACAUUCUUCAAAUUCAACACAUUCUUGUGGUUCUCAUGGCCAAGAGCUCUCAACAUCCAUUACUUCUCCUCUGUAGUACCUGUAAUUUGAGUUUUAUGAACUGUGUCCUCUUUUUAGAUCCUUUAUUUUUGUUUUUCUAGGUUUGCCUGGGAUUCCUGGCUAUCCGACAGCUUUGUCAGAGUUUUUGUGCAGGCCUGAUUUUGAGGCCUGUAAGUCAUAGAUGAUAUAACAGCAUAGGUGCCAAUUUUUCUUACAGUAUUGCACCAUGAGUCUGGUGCAUCUGGGUAGCUCUGAGUUUGUUAGAUGUGUGCUGUAUGGUACGUGUAUAUUGAUACUCUGCCAAGGAGACAACAGGCGUGGUAAAGGAGGGAGACAUUUUUGUUGCAUGGGGGUACAAACCCAAUUUAGAGAUGAAAAUGGAAGCCCCUGGUGUCCUACACAUCAUCGUGACAUUAUUUUCUAUCUGAGCAAAUUUUAGCUUUUGCCUGAAAUGUUCUAAUUGAGUUUACUUUUGGACAGAAGUAUUUAAGAGAAAUGUAGACAAAAUACACUUUUUGAGUAAUGCUAGUGCAAAGCUUCUGAAGGGUACUCUUCUGUAGUCUUCAAUGCAGAUGUAAAAUUCUUUAUGCCUGCUUUCUGCUAUUGUUGUUUAUUUAGCUGAAGAGGGUUUUUUGUUUUGUUUUGUUGAAUAUUUCAGACCAACCUUCAAACAUGUUUCCUGUUGUGUUUUCCAGCAAGCUAAACAUGGAAAAAAGGUUCAAAAGUGCACCCUUUAUUAAUAAUUACAAGCGCGUGCUGUACAGUGAAUGUGUAUUGUUUUCAAAGGAAAUCUUAGAAGCCUUGGACAAACCAAGUAGAUAAACAAGGAGGAAGGCAGUUGCCAAUAGGAGAUGCAUCUAAGGAAUAAACAGCUUUGGGAUCUUGUCUACUUAAGGUCAGGAUUUACAAAACCAGCACAUUAAUAAUGGACCCAGUCAAUAAGUGUUGAAUUGAAUGCUUUCAGCUGCUGUUCCCAAGUUGCGUAUACCCGCUGAGUGGAUCUCACUGCUGGGGGUUUACAGCUCUCAACCCUCUGUACAAGUAAAGAAGCCAGCUCUUUCUCACUGACUGCUGCCAGCUGGGAAAAGGCUUUCCUUUACCCAGUAUUCGUGCCAAUAAAGCAUUCCCCCAGCAAGCCCACAAAGAGCAGACUUGAUUCCAGUCUGUCACGUCUCAAAAACCUCCCAUCUUGCCAGAUAAUAAGACUGUUGCCUGUCUGCGAGAAUGAGAAGCGAGCUCUUGGUUUCUUCUACUGAAUCUUUUUUUGGAUAAAAAUGGUUGGUGACCUAGGGGUUGGAACAAAGAUCUCCCUAUUCCCAAAGCUAUGCUCACUCUAGCAUCCUCUUCCUCCUUUCUCUGGCCAAAUCAGUCGUGGAAUGACUUCACCAGGAGGGAUGAAGCACCUUUCUCAGCACUUAGGCAACUCUUCCAGUGAGGUUUGGAUGCCCCUGGGCAUGAGGAGGGUUUUGAGGAUUUAGCUAAACGCUUACAGUAGCAGCAAGGUAGUAUUUAGGCACUUGCAUCCUUUUAUGGCUCUGGGCUUUCAUUUCUUUUCAGUCUCGGUUUCCAGUGCCUUUCACGAUGCAUCAGCCUUCUCUACUUAAAAUGCUGAAAUUACCCCUGAAACACUGGAUUGAACAGUUUGAGAAGAAUUGUUUGGGGCUUUCCAGCUCUGCAGGGAAGUUUGGAAGGACGUCUGGGAUUGUGGAUAAUCCCAUCCUGCUAAAAAAAUCCUGCUAAAAUGCAUUAGUUUUGCAAUAAUAUUUUGUUGUUACUUUCAAAUUUUAAUGCCAUACUGAGGUGAGUUCUGAAACAUAGUGUGAAGUAUAUAAAUGUUGUUAACCUUACAAAUGUAAGCAGUCAAGUUUCUUUAGCCAUCAGAGCUAGAUAGCUUUUAAGGAAGGUGUAGGCAACAAGGCAUGUUUUUGGGACACACAGUGUGGAUUAAGUCCCAAGGCCACCCAGUGCUCUUCCAGUGAUACUUAAAUCACUAUGGGUAUGUUGUUGUAUAGGGAUUUUUCAGACUUUUUCAAUGACUAGAUCCAUAUGUCUUCUGUAUUGCUCAUAUGGAUCCCUAUGUAGUGAGUAACAACCUCCUGAAAACAGGUUUGCCUUCCCUGAUGCCUUGCAGGUAGCCUGAGUUCCCCCUGGACCUAAGGGCCACAGCCUGAAGCCCAGUGUGUGUUGCAGAAGGGUAAAAGGAAGCGAAGUUACUUACCAGCCACCAGCUUUCUCCUUCACUCACAAAUUCUUCAAGUCCAGGCUGCGUUCUGGAGAAGCUUGUGGAGUGACUGGGCCCUGCCCAGUUGAUCUGAACUUGGCGUGUUGAACGUGCUGCGUUCGGGAAGAGCCCUGAGAAACUCUGAUGGAUGGUGCUCGGUGGUCCUGCAGCGUCUUGUUAGGGUGGAGGACUGAGAACCGCACAAGAUUCGCCAGGAGACUGGCAGUCCUUUGGGAAGGCAAGCAAGGCCUGAUAGUGUUUACAGCUUACACGCCUUUUGUUGGAUCCGUUUAUUCCAUUCAUCGGGCUGGAAUAACAGUAUAAGAGCAAAAGCACUCAUUUGCUGGUAUGAGCUUGCGUGUUGCAGGGGGAGUUUGGUGGCCACAGUCCUGGCAGCAAAUCCUCCUUAGUGCAGACAGUUCUUCGGCAGAGGGGAAAAGGACAACUGAAGAUUCUCACUCCCCACUUUCUUCAGAGCUCUUGAUAAAGUCUUCUGGUAAGUGUGCAUCAGCUUUGUAAAUGUCACUGAUUCACAUUUAUGCCAGCUUACCUUUCCUGAGGUAAGGAAGGCAGUGACCUGGGCAGGUUUUGAGUGGGUCUUGAAGCUUUUCCUUUAAACUGUGUUUAUAUCUGAUAUACACACAUACUGUAUGUGUGUCUGUGUAUGUAUAUACAUAUAAGUGUCUGUAUAUACAUUAGAAAAAAUAGGUUUUUGUUCAAGGUGACUUUAUUUAAUAAUGUCAUGUGCUGGUGUGUCUCCAAAGCACCUACUUCAAGACUUGAAGUAGAACAGGAAUGGCUGACAGGAUCCAGAAAGCCUGUGCUUCUGGUUUUCUUCUUUCCUGGGUCCUUUUCUGGUCGCUGAGUUGGUGUGACACACACAUACAGGCAUUUGCAGAUGCACCCUGUUCUGGAGAGCCCGGGUGCCCAGCUCUCCCCCCGAGGUCUCUUGUGGGGCUGGUGGAACCCUGCCGAGGCUCGGCGUCCCCCCGGCCAGAGUGGGUCCGUGAGUUCCCGGAACAGUGCUCUCGUGAGGAGCAUACUCUUCGUGUUUCCACUGGGAAGCUGGCUCCUGUUUACAUAAUUUAGCUUACACGACAUGUGGCUAAAAACAGAUAAACCAGGAAAACAGCAUCCAAAUUGCUAGUCUGUAGCUAUUUUGUUUGGUCUCCUUUUGGCCCCAUAAAUCUCAUGUUCUUGACAAUAGUCCCACUCCAACAGGAAACUCGUCGACUCGGAGGCUCUCCUGGGAGAUGUGCAAUAGCAUAACCUCGGGCUGGGGAAGGGCUGGGGCAUGGACUGUUGACUUCCUAGGGACGGAUCCUAACUAGAAGACUACUGUUAACAACAUGGGAACCAACGCCUCCUUCUCUAGCAGCCCUGUUAUACGGAAUAACUGAGUGGCCAAGGACUCACCUUCAGGAGAUGAUGCUGAGCUCACAGCCUCGGUGGAAGUGCUGGUGUGUGGGCAGUGUCUGGGUACAAGUUCUUCACCUUAAAUAAUGUUGCUUCCCAUCAAAAUGGCCACACAUCCUCAAGGUGGUGUGGAUUCAUUACACGAUAAAACUGAUGAUACUUAGUAAAUGAAGGUGCGUAAUGCUGGACCUGUUUCUUAAUCUGAGUAACUGUUUGUCACUGAAUUCUGGAUUAUAAACCAGCUUGCAAAAUUCUGUUCCCAGUUAGAGUGGUUUUCUUUGAGAUACACUAUGUCAGUAAUUCCUCUUUGCCAUGUCACUGAGUCACUGCUGUGCAACCACAUCACAUUAACAGGAAGCACAGAAGUUUCAGUUCACCUGAUCUGACUGUUCACCAGACAUAGUUGGAUAUAUGUAGGUCACUAUAUAAAGUGACAGACUCUCAUAAUACAUGCACGAUUUUACACUCUGAAUUAAAAGAAAUAGCCAUCUGGUGGAAGGGUUAAUAGUGACGCUGUUGGUGGCAUGAGAAUGUGCACUGAGAUGGUCUGAAUUCUGUUUUCUCCUGUCUGCAGUGAUAAGUGAUAGCUCUUAUCGGCAAGUCUUAUUAAAACUUUUGUUUAUGCUUUACUAACGUUGGCAGCAGUUGUCUGCAGAGGCAGGACCACUGGACUAUUGCAGUAUCUAUUGCACUUCCAUUGACACUGGGUUUUGGUGGGUUUUCUUUUGUUUGUUUG